AUGGGUUGGCUUGCCGCUGGAUGCUGUACUUUCAUAGCAGGAUACGCCCUCUACAGGAUUUUCCUUAAAGGGGGUGUGCAAGGAGUCUUAGCCUUGGCCGCAAACCCACACUGCGAAUCUGUUCCGGCACCGUCGGUCAAACAGAGAGAAGAAACCCCUGCAGCAUCGGACAUCCCUGAGGACGAAAAGCCGGAUCCUCAACGAACCCUCGAAAUCUCGCCUCUUCGCUUGGAAAUCUCUCACCCAAGAGACGAUGAACCACCUGAGGAGAUGGCGGACGAGACAACACCCAAGACCGAAACGAUGCCUCCUCCACCGCCACUUUCCAAGCCCGCCAGGCCUUCAAGCCUGCCUCGUGUGAAUCCUGCGAAUACCGUCGACAAGUUACCUGCGCCACCUCGACCAGGCAAUGGAUUUAUUCGCCCUCCUCCCUCUGCAGCCGCCUCCUUGCGUGUUCCUCCGAUCAAGCCUCUCCCAAAUGCGUCACUCGCACCAACUUCCUCCAUCAUGCCGCCUGGCAAGCAAGUUUCACGGAAAGUGAUUCUUGAACCGGGCCACUCUCCCCUCGAUUGGGCGGCGCUCACAUCCAACCCCAACAGCCACCUCCGAGGCCAAGACGCGCCGGGAGAACAUCUGAUUCGAGUCACGUCAGCCCAACUCAAGCGGCAGAACGGAAGAAAAGGAAGAGAUGCCUGGACGGUGUACCAAGGCAAGGUGUAUAACAUCACGCCAUACGUCCCCUUCCAUCCUGGCGGGGCGGGCGAGAUCCUGAGGGGCGCGGGCAAGGAUUCUGUCAAGUUGUUCAUGGAGGUCCAUCCCUGGGUGAAUUGGGACGCCAUGCUAAGCGAGUGUCUGGUUGGGAUACUCGUCGGCGAUGGCGAGGAAUCGGGUGGCAAUGGCGGGGGGCUGGACGAUAUGGAUUGA